AUGCCCGCUGCUUUGGAUGAAGAUGAAGAACUUGAGCCAUUUGAAUAUGGUGAUACAAGUAAUGGUUAUAAUGCAGAUUUUUUUGAUGCAUCCGUUGCCGAACUUGCCGAAUUAUUAAAAGAAACCGAGGAUGAUUUUACCGUUAGUUUACAAGAUACAUUAUCAAACAUAUUUUCUAAUCAAGCAAUAUUUAAUUUAGCUUAUUCUCACGAUAUUUUGCUACGUUUUAUUCAACAACCAGAAAUGAUGAAGCCAGUAUCAAGCGAUAAUUUAUCAUUAAUAACAUCUGUGAUGAAAGAUUUAGAAAUUGUCGGCAUGACAAAUCUAGAUGCACGAGAAUUAGAAACAAUAUUGAGAAAUCCACACAUGCGGGUAAUAAUGGAUGCACAUCAGUCAAUAGCAACUAGAGAAUAUGCAGAAGAGCAAUUACCUAUUGGAUACUUACCAGAACCUGUUCCAGAUAUAUCAGCGCCGCCAUUUGUCUAUCCGGGUAUAUAUGCUGCCAAAAUGAUCGGUAUAGAAUCAACUGGCGAAGAACAUUUGGGUAUAACGGUGAAGUUAAAUGAAACUGGAGAUUUAGAGAUAAAACGCAUUGUUCAAGGGGGAUUAAUUGAUAAACAAGGUAAAUUCAAAUGUUAUUUUAAACUUUUAUUGUUUUGGCUUAAAAUUGUGUUCAUCAAUGAGUUUGCAGUCGUCUAAAUCGUUUUUAUAUUUAUAAUCAAGUCACCUAAAUGAAACGGGGGAAUAUUUGCUUUCCACCAGAAAACGUUCCAUAGUUCCUUCGGCUUGGUUUCGGAGCUAUGCGUAAAAGUGAAUUUUGAGACUGAUCACAUACGUUGAGAGCUCAAAAGACACAUUUUUAGUAUCAGUUUUCAACGCUGAAUUUGCAAAAGAAUGUUUGAGAGCUUCAAAAUAAAAAGGGGAAAAAAUAUUCAACUUUUUUCGAAACGAGAAGGUUUUUCGAAUUUUAAGACCCUUAGCGUAUUUUCAAUUUUUCGAUGCUAAAAAGUGCAUUGGGAACGCUAAAAAGGCGAUAUUCUUGUUUAGGGUGAAAUUCUCUAUCGAAUGAUAUAUGAAUACACCAAAAAUAAAAUCGUAUGGAAACUUCGAAUUACGUGCGCCUUAACAUAAUCGCGAUCGUUUUAUAUGUUCUGCUUGAAAUAUAUUCUAAAUUUUCUAAGUAAUCUAAUUUUCUCUGAUUGCCGUUCUAUUCAAGUCAAACUUCUUUACUUUACUUUACGAAACAUUAAUUUCUGCACACGAAAUAAAGGAGGGAAGCGGAUAUAGCGGUUUUGUGGCCUCAAUUUUUUUCGAAUAAAAAUUACAUGGUUGAACUCAGCAUCAAAUUCUGAACAAAACUGUCGCUUCAGAUUUUCAAAAAACUCACUUUCAUUUUUUUCAAAAAUUUUAAGGCUGAGGUUCCCCCUUUGCAACAUCGAAAAUUUUUUUUUCUUGAAAGUGGUUACGUGACACAUCACUAGACGCAGAAUUUAACGCUAAUAACGAAUAUGAGGUCAAAAUCUGGGAAAAACUUGUCCUUCACCGAGAAAACCGCCAUCUAUCGAAAAGUGGCCAAAAUGACUCACCUUCGUUUUUUCUAGAUUAAAUGCUCGGACAAGCAACAACAGACCUCGAAACACACAAGAUCUUACUGGCCGCGAUUUCAGCUUUCAGAAUCUGUGUCGAAAAGUUUGGAAAAAACCAUUCUUCAGGUCGAAAAGGUA